UUCUGCAACUUGCUUAAAUCUCUUUCUGAUAUCCUGCUCCACUACUUAAUUCAUGUCAAGGAUGAUGGAGACCCUAACUCUUGGAAGAGUGGUUGGAGAGGUUGUAGACAUGUUCUCCCCAACUGUGAAAAUGGAUGUAAUUUAUAGCAGCAACAAACAAGUCUGUAAUGGCCAUGAGAUCAUGCCUUCUAUCAUUACUGAUAAGCCUCGUGUGGACAUCGGUGGUCAAGAUAUGAGGGCUGCUUAUACAUUAAUUAUGACAGACCCUGAUUUCCCAAGCCCCAGUGAUCCAUGCUUGAGAGAACAUCUCCACUGGUUGGUGACAGACAUUCCUGGUACCACUGAUGUCUCCUUUGGAAGAGAAGUUGUGGAGUAUGAAACUCCGAAGCCGGUGGUGGGGAUUCACCGUUACGUGUUUCUGUUGUUCAGGCAGGCUAGAGGGAGGCAGACGGUGAGAGUUCCGGCUUCGCGGGACAACUUCAACACAAGAAAGUUUUCAGAAGAGAAUGAUCUUGGCCUGCCUGUGGCCGCUGUCUACUUCAAUGCACAAAGAGAAACUGCAGCCAGAAGAAGAUAAUGAGUAAUUGACUAGCUCAGACACAUCAAUAAAGGAUAACCUACGUACUAAUUCAAUUCAAUAAUAACAUAAGGAUCGAAGCUCAGGGGCUACGAUUGAGGGCUUUCUCCGGCCAGUACUAUUGUAACGUAGGGUAACUGUUUGUGUGUUUUCUACCAGCUAGCUAGGGUUCCAGAGUAUGUACGUUUGUCCAGUGUGUUUAUUUGGUUCUUAACUCUUGCUCUGAGCUUUUCAGCUCUUGUUGAAUAAGACAUUGG